CAGGGGAAGGGCCGCGAAAAGUUCAAAACUUAACAAAACGAAGAGCGAAGAGGGCAGAGAGAGAGAAGCCAGGGCGAUGAGGGAUCCCGUAGGGGAAAUCGAGGACGAAGAUUUCCUGUCUCAGGUAGCCGCAGCCGAGGCCGAAGCUCUAUCCUCCAAGCGGCGCAAGAUCACCACCGCCACUAUUCCCACCUCCGCCGACCAAAAGGCGGCGGAGGCGGAAGGCGUCUACACCGCAGCUCUCAGAGGGAGCAGAAGCCUCCUGUUCCAGCAGAAAACCAGCACCAUCGGAUCGAACACUCGAACCAGAGCCGCGGCCAAUAAUAGCAACGUGUUUGCUACUCCCGAAUUUGGCGGUGGAGGAGGAGGGGGAGGAUCGUGCUUUAAGUGCGGGAAAUUAGGGCACUGGGCGCGCGAUUGCGGCGAGUCCGGUUCGAAUUCGCGUGGGCCGGUCGAUGAUCCGUCGGUUCAGGAGAAGGCGUGUCCGUGUGGAUUGGGGACUUGUUUGGUUCUCACCGCUAAUACUGAGAAGAACCGCGGCCGGAAGUUCUACAAGUGUCCCGUCAGAGAGGAAAAUGGGGGCUGUGGUUUCUUUGAGUGGUGUGACAAAAAUGAAGGAACCAAUGACCCAGGUUUCAGGAGCCAGAGUCAUGCGUCGAAUCCUUCAGUCCCAGAUCUUUCUUGUCCAUGUGGUGCUGGGUCCUGCCUAAUACUGACAGCCAAAACAGGAAAAAAUAUAGGCCAGGCAUUCUACAGGUGUCCUGCAAACCAGGGAAGCUCUUGUGGUUUUUUCAAAUGGUGCCACGAUCAGAUGACUACAAAUAGCUCCCCAGUUUCAGUCAACACCUCCAUGGUUCAUAAAACAACCGAAGUGGGCAACAAGAACUAUGGCACAAGAGGAGGUUCUUUGUGUUAUAAAUGUGGCCAAGAUGGGCAUUGGGCAAAAGACUGUGCCCAACCUCCACUUCAAAAUCCUGCCUAUCGAGCAAAUAGCUCCCCAGUUUCAGUCAACACCUCCAUGGUUCAUAAAACAACUGAAGUGGGCAACAAGAACUAUGGCACGGGAGGUGGUUCUUCCAUGGUUCAUAGAACAACUGAAGUGGGCAACAAGAACUAUGGCACAAGAGGUGGUUCUUCAUGUUAUAAAUGUGGCCAAGAUGGGCAUUGGGCAAAAGACUGUGCCCAACCUCCACUUCAAAAUCCUGCUUAUCGAGCAAAUAGCUCCCCAGUUUCAGUCAAAACCUCCAUGGUUCAUAAAACAACUGAAGUGGGCAACAAGAACUAUGGCACAAGAGGUGGUUCUUCGUGUUAUAAAUGUGGCCAAGAUGGGCAUUUGGCAAAAGACUGCUCCCAACCUCCAAUUCAAAAUCCUGCUGAUCGAGCAAGGAGUUAUUAUGCUUAAUCAGGCGCUUCUACAAGUAUGGUAGUACUUGUUUUUUUUUUUCAAGUGAAGCCAUGCAAAAUCGGUUUUAUCGAAUGCGGUUUAGGUUACCAGCGGUGAUGUAAUGUAACUUUUCUAUACUCAGAAAGUUGCAAGACUAGAUGCAUAGAUUGCGCAGUUAACAAUUUGCUGGAGCGUUAACUUUUGUUGCUUGGGGAUGCUUCAAGUUUCGUCUGUCGAUAAUGGCGUGGUUGGGUGGCUUUUCUUGUGAAUGCUUUUCCCAUGAAUGGAGUUGCGAUGUGGUGACUGAUGCCGAUACGGUACAGUUUAGUUGAAUUAGAAGCUUACUAACAUUCUUCAAGCACAUUGCCAGUCACGGUUGACAUUUUUGACAUAAUUUUAAAAAGAUAUUGCUUCA